UAUGUUUGCUUUUCCUAGAAAUUUGAUUCCAUCUCUGGGAUUUCAUGGGGUGUGUGUUAAUGCACUCUCCGCAUACUGUACUAUUUACAGAUUUUUCAGAAUAUAAUGACUAAUCCGCCUUUUAUAUGUCAAAUGAGAUAAGGAACAGACAAAACUCCUGUACAAUAUGGUUGCCACUAUUACUGCAAUAUAUCUUCUGUUUGCAGUUUCAGUUGUAACUGCCCUGCCUUCUUCCUGUCCUCGGGGCUGGAUACACCGGGGAACCUCCUGUUACUUGUUUGUCAAUGACGCUGUUGAUGCUGAGGAUUGGAUGGUGGCCAUGUCCUUUUGCAGUAGUCUGCAUGCGAAGUUGGUGGAAAUUGAAACUGUGACUGAGGAUGAAUUUUUACGUUUGCAUCUGUUGGACAACAAAUUGACAGGAAGCUAUUGGAUUGGUUUGUCAGAUAUCCAGGCUGAAGGAGUUUGGGUAUGGACAUCUUCCCAGAACACCCCGACCUACACCAACUGGCCCCCUGGUCAGCCCGACAACAAUGCAGGGGAGGAGGACUGUGCACAUUUGUAUGCAGCGUUUGGAUUUCAAUGGAACGAUUAUCCUUGCAAUAAGGCCAACAACUUUAUUUGUGAAAAAGAAUUGAGGAGUCAGGAGGAAAUCGUAGGGUGAUUUUAAAGACGAUUCCUCACUUCAUUAAGAUAAACAUUUCUUUUGUACCCUCUAAAUAUAUUCUCAAGAUAAUCACUAUUAGUCAUUAAUUACUAUAAUUAUGUUGAUACGGAGGUUCGACGUCCAUUUCUAUUGACAUCUAUUGGCUUAUCUAAGUUGAAACAAGAACCGUAACUUUGAAAUACAUGAAUUUAAUUUUGAUCCAGAUUGAUUUUAAACUUUGAAUGAAGAUGACAAUUUUGUCAGUAUAUUUUAAAUGUUUAUUUUAAAUUAAAAACAAAUCCUUUAUCUCACUUAUUUUUAUACGAAAGGGGAAAAAGUGUGGGUGAAAAUUUACACUGGAAGCAAAACAAGAUUUGUUAAAGUAAGUCUCUUCAAAAAACUACAAUGACUUACUAAAGUACUUAUAUUUACAACUUAUUAUUAUAUUAAAACAAUUUGUAAAACAUUUUUAUUAAGUUGAAUGAAAAUAAGAACAGGUUUUUUUUGUUUUAUAGACUGGGCUUCAUACUUUUUAAAAACUAUUUAUAUAUUGUGUACCUGUCAUGUUAGCCCAAUAAUUUUCAAUGCUGCAUGCAGCUAAUCCAUGUGCGUCUUGUUUCGUACCAUAAAACAAUGGAUGCUUGUAAAUGUAAUUAACAAUAUUCAAUUAUAAUUGUUCUCUAAACAGCAUCAUUUGACCCGUUAAGCUCAUGAAAUUAUACAUUGUUCAUUCACUUUUAAGUUAUGAUUGAUUUCUUAAUUUACUAGUGUUACAGUUGUAGUAAAUGUUACUGAUUAAAAAACAGCUUGAAAAAAGUGGCAACUGAAGAUUUUCCUUAAAAAAUAAUGUCUCAAAAAUUUAACAAUUUAAAAAACAUGUACAAGAAAGUAAAAUUCAUUUUAUUUAUUCAAUGGUAAGCUCUAAUGACUAAUCUAUCCUAUUCUCGCAUUAUUUCUCCAGUACAUUUUCUGAGGAAAUGAUGUUUUACAAAUAAGUUCCUGAGGGUUCCCAUCUGUGUUCAUGUUCUAAUUUGUCAGUCAAGAUCAAUGUUCCUGAGUAACAUUGCUAUAUGCAUAUUAUUUCGCGUUAUAACGCGAAAGUUACGCGUUUAUUC